AUGAAGAUAAAGAGGCCAAGUACACAGCAAACAAAAAUUGUGAUAUCUGUCGCCAUGAAGACAACAAGCAGUGGCCACCUAAUCCACGAAACAGUACGCGAUAUGGAGUACAUGCUUGGAUACCACGAAAUAUAUUUUGCCUCGGUGAUGGAGAUUAUCGAGCAGACGUCUGACUUUGCCGCACGCACUACUCCGACGCUCUAUGAUCCCACAAAUAUAGAUUUUGAUAUAAUUGUUAAGAUAUCUGAUUACAAUCCAGACGCUCUCCGCAGAAUUGACCUAGACGUCUAUAUCAUCGAGCUUCGGGAAAAUCGAAGGGAGCCCACCCCUAGAGAGAAAGAUGAUAUAUGCCCAAUUUGCUGCGAAGAGAUUGGCACAGAAGGAGAUAUCAACUCUUUGAAUUGUAAACAUUCCUAUCAUCAUCGCUGCAUCUUGGACUGGGUUGGAAAAACCUUAGCAUGCCCAUGUUGUAGGGCAAUACUUGCGUAA